CCCUCACAGUUCCGCUCUUAUUUUGAAACGCGUGGCCGGAAGCCCCGCGCUGUCCUGACUCCGGUCCCUCCUCAGCAUCACCGCAUCCUCCGCCACCUUCCCCCCUCGGUACGGGACCUGAAGCUGACCCCGUUAGGAGACUAAAGCCGGGAUAAUGGACGACGUCCCUCCGAUCAUCAACAUCUCCAUCUCCCUGCGGAUCCAGCCCAACGAGGGGCCCGUGUUCUUCAAGGUGGACGGGACCCGGUUCGGCCAGAGCAGGACCAUCAAACUGCUCACUGGCUCCAAAUACAAGAUCGAGGUGGUGCUGAAGCCUGGAAACGUCGAGGCCACCACCAUGAACAUCGGAGGCAUCGUCUUCCCUCUGGAGCAGCAGUCCAGGGACGAGGAGUCGGUGGUUUAUCACGCCCUGUACGACACCGAGGGCGUCCCGCACACCAAGAGCGGAGACCGGCAACCCGUCCAAGUCAGCAUGGAGUUUAACAAGGCGGGGACGUUUGAGACGGUCUGGCAGGCGAAAUACUACAACUACUACAAGAGGGAGCAUUGCCAGUUCGGCAACAAGUUCAGCAGCAUCGACUACGAAUGCAAGCCUAACGAGACGCGGACCCUCAUGUGGAUCAACAAGGAGGCGUUCAACUGAGUCGGCUCAUCCUCCCGCUGUCCACGCUCCGUACACCGAGCAGAGGACACCAGUUGUACCAGGACUACUUUUGAACAUCAGCAUCACAAUAAAAGGACAGCCUCAUCCUAAAGGCAGGCGUCAAGUCAGCGAGGGUUUGGUGUUUGUGUUGUUUUGUGAGAAAGGGGAAAGAAAGAAUAGCUGUUAGCUGUGCUAGUCUUUAAGGGGUUUUUGUUUGAAAGCUUCACUCUGCAAUGAUGCUUUCUGACUUCACGCCAGCAAAAGGGAAUCAUUUGAAAAGCAUUUGGCUAAUAUUCAGAAAUCCUACACACACGUUUCUGUUUGCUAACUCGGCAGGUUUGAUGUUGUUUUCUAUCAAAGGAAACUAAAAGAAGCUGCAGAGUUUAGCUUUAAAGCGGUUGAAGGAACAGUCGGAUGUUUUGUGAAUAUAAAAUAAAAUUCAUCUCAGUGUGUUUCGUGUAGAGAUAUGUCCAGGAUGUGUUCAGCCCAGCGUAGCUCAAAGACUGGAGCACUCAGCUAUAAGGCACCGCAGUGAAAACCAUCGUAACAACCAUUUUCUUACCAUCAAUGAGCGGUUUUACUCAGGUAACGAUGCCGACAUCAUCACUUCUAUCUGCUGCCAAUGCUACAAUCCCAUUGGACGGAUUUGAUUGAACUUCUGGCUACAACACCUGGUAGACUCAAUCGUCAAAGACCCAUUUGUGAUCUUCUGUCUGGCUGUAAUGAUAUAACGUUAAGAUCCAAUAUUCCCACAGACUGUACCAGACACAACCCUAGCCUGCUAUAGCUAGCUAGCACUUUCCACUCCAGGAUAUAGUUGUGGGAAGCUGCUAGCAUCAUCAGAAGAGGAAAACAUACAAACAAAUCCAAAGUCUGAUUUCGUUAUCCAACAAGCGAGUCAGCAAUCCGUCUUGUAGGCAGCUGGGUUUAGUUGACUGUACAGUUAGCACAGAGAUAAAAUCUGGCAACCCAACUAUUACCGCAUUUCCAUCGAGACAGUUUAAGAACUGGUUCGGAGCGAUGCUGAACCUCGAACCAGUUCUUAGCUUUUCAACAGCCAAAGAACCGGUUCUGGUUCCAGCGCAGCACCAAAACUUUGCUGGUCUAAAACCAAGAACCUCUUACAUCAGGGGCAGCUAGCUAUGUAUUUAUUAGAUGUUUAGUGAGCUUUAAUAAUAAUAAUAUUAAUAAUAGUUAUAAUAGCUUACGUUAGAGAUGUAUAGUGACGUAAUGAUGUGGCUCUAUGGUGGUUAAUCCGUAGAAAAGCAUCUGUUUGAACUCCGGCACUAGCACUGAUGCUAAAACCCAAAAUGUCCCAUAAUUUCUGCACCUGUUCAAUAAACAUGAUACAUCACGGGAAACUUUUAACUUUUUUUGGGAGGUGCAUUUGUUCACUUUUUAUGGAGCUUGUCUAGCAGUUUCCACUUGCUUCCAGUCUUUGUGCUAAGCUAGGCUUUAUAUUGGAUCUCUACUGGACUGAAGAGUUAGCCCCAAAAUGUUCCAACUGUUCCUUUAAGGUGGACUAAAAAGAGAAAUACCCCUCGAUAAUUAAAUGUAUCGCAGCACGAGGCGGGAGGAACCGAGCGCAGCAGCUAGGGUUAGCUGAAGACCAGGAUGGAAGACACCUGUGGACGGAGGAAGUAUUUGACCAUAUUUAUUAAAUGUGUGGAUGUGUCCGUGAGAGAGGAGAGACGACGUUUGAGAGCGUGUACAUCAUUGUAAUUGUUUUGACUUUUCUUAUGUGUUACAUAUUCUGUUAUUUAUGGAAAAAUCCACCAAAAACACAAAAACACUGACGAGACAAAACAAGAGAAAUGUAGCAGCAGGAUUUAAGAAAAAGAGGUUUUCUAAAGAAGGAAACAGACAAUAUGAGUUCUUACAGUGUGAAGGGAUGAUGGUGGGUUUCUCCUUUAAAGGGAACGACUGGUGUUACUCUAAAUUUACACAAAAACCAACAACAUGUUCAAAAAGGUUCAGUGAUUUCCUGAAACAGCUGCUCACUUUAUUAAAGAAAAAACAAAACCCAGCGGAGGAGGAACUAUUUUCAGCGGUGGAUGAAUCCACAUAUGGUGCUCUAUAGUGAGAUUGAGUCAAAAUAAACUGCACUACGGCUCAUUGGUGUGUUUUUUAAUAGUUUUUUUUUACAACAGUGGAGCUCAGAGGACAAAGAUACACACAUUGUUAGUAGAUACAUUCACCGUUCGUUUGUUGACAGUAAGUAAAAUGUAGAAUAUCACCAGACUUCUCCUUUAAGCCUUCGGACGCCUCUGUCUGUCUUUUGUUGGAGACGCGAUGCUUCUUAUCGCAGGCUGCUUCACUUUGUGUUACAUUUGUGCUUCAGCGGCUGUUUUUUAUUGUCUCUGUUUCCUCCUGAAGUGCAUGGCUGGAUUCAUUUUGCCAAAUUUGAUCUGUUUGUUAGUUCUUUGUUAAGAUAUCUCGAUGCCUACACCUUGCUGUUUGGUUAUGUGUUGGACUUAAGGAGUAUAAAGUGUCUUUGUGAAUAAAAG